AUGUCUUUCCAGGGUGGCGACCUACCGGAAGGCAGACGCAGCUCAGAGAGCUCUGGAGGAAACAGCUGGCUAUCGCAGGAGACAGUCAAAGACAACCAAACCAAUCGGUACCAGCGAAAUCAUGCUAUGCUGAAUGGCCGUCUUAUUUCCCCAUUUUCUGGAUUCGCGAAAGUAGACAGAUCUAAUUCACAGGGUCGAAAGCAACCGCCGACCUUGACAGCUCACGACUUGUCAACGUCCAAUUUCACUUGGCCCUCUCCGGAUGUGUCCCCUACAGACAAACGUAAGGACUCGGGCUUCACGGGUCACCGAAAAUCCUCAGCCGCGAUAGGACCAGAUGAGCCAGGUCCGCCGCCGACCUUCAGUUCGAGCCGCCGAAUGUCAUGUCCGAAUUCCGAUGACUUGGAUUAUUUCCAGCAAGAUCCGAAUGCCUCAUAUUCUUCUUCACCCAAGAUGGCACCCGAAGAUAAGAAUGGGACAUCCUUCCCGGCCCAUUCGGAGCAUGAAGCGUCGCCAGCGUCGACUUCCUUUCGUCCUGGAACAAGCCGCACCUACGCGAGUGAGCCUCUGGAGCUUGAAUACAAUGGGGAUCAUCGAAGACCAUCGGUUGCUAGCGCCACUACUAUUAGCAGUCAAGGAUCUAAGUCUAGUACAGGUGGCCGGUUCCGGAAAAAACUGAAAGGGUUCUUUGGGGAAGAGUACUUGCCUGGAGAUUCAAAAUUGGAGUCUGACACCGGCAUCCAUCAUCCCACAAAAAAGUCAUCACUGAGCGAGCAGCAUGUAUUUCGCGAAAGAGCCAACUCGGAUGGUGCACGAAGCCCACCGCAAAGGCUCAUUGGUGGCGAAUCUUCACCACAACGACCGAGACCCCGGGCCCCGCUCCCUUCUAGUGAAAUUACUCCUUGGGUAUUUCAAAGCUUCAAUGACAUCCCACAGUACGGCGAAGCCCCCGUUCGUGAAGCCCCCAUAGGGGCUGAUGGUCGCCGGGCUGCUGCCCAGAUGGCAAAAGGCCCACAAAGAAACCAAACUGGACGACAGUUUAGUGGACAUCGGCAUUCUCGAAGCAAAGAAGAGAAAUCAACCACUACUGACGAUGUGACGGAGUAUUCAAGCCGUCCCACCACAGGGCGCGAUGAUUUUGGUAUCGGUCUGCGCGCUAACAGUCUCAACAACUCAGCGAUGAACUCAACUUCUACUCUUGUGCGCUCCAUCAGCCCCACGCCGAGCAUGCAGAGCGCCUACUCCCGGGAACAGGGCCAAAGUUCUCCAGGGACACAACCACAUAACAAACGAUCGAUCCUGGACAAGAUUCGUCGACCCAAGGCUCAUGGUCCUUUGAAACAUUUUCCUGGAGCUAAGGGAGCACAGGAGGCUACAAAAAGCACCUCAAAACUUGCGCGACGAGAUGCCUCCCCCGCUAGGAGGGGACGCCAAGGAAGCCUGGAAGGCACCACUACUCCCAAAACUGGAGAUGAAUCGGAUCGGAAAAGAGAUGGCAGGGGCCUGGCUAUUAGUUCCGCCAAAUUACGUGGUCGCCGUGUAUUGGGCACCGACACGCCCUUGAGAGAUACCAAACCAGCAGAAGGGCAGGAGGGCAUGUAUGAGCUUGAUACAGACCUUUCGCAUAUGGAAGGCAUAGUUCGAAAACGAUCCCCGCAGCCGGCAGCUGACAGAAAUCCGUCAGUCGAUGGAAACUCGAAGCAACAGGAGGAAGGGAAGAGCCGUGAUGGCCUGCCCACUGGGCACUGGGAUGCUCCGGACAGCUGGCAUGUCAGGAAGCAUGGUGAGGACAUUGCUACGGUGCUCCCAAGCGGAGAUAAAGCGGCUACUCGGACUAUACCGGAGCCUGACGGCGCUCCUUAUUUCAUACGAGUCUUCCGUGUAGACUCUACUUUCGCCACGCUAUCGACAGGGCUAAAUGCCACCGCCGCCGAUAUCUUGGUCAUACUUGGCCGGAAGUCUUUCCUUACAGAGCAUCUCAACAAUUACGAUAUCGUUGUCCGAAAGAAUGAUUUAAGCAGGCAGCUCGAUCCGAUGGAAAAGCCAAUUCUUAUGCAGAAAAAGAUGCUUGAACAAAUUGGCUAUACUUCAAAAGAUAGGCUUGAGGAAAUUGGUCGAGAGGACCAUAGCUAUUUCAUACGUUUCACCUUCCUUCCAAAUAAGCUAAGCGGUAUGACUACUCUCCAGCACAACGGCGACUUAAGCUUCCUCCGCCAACAGAAGUUUAGCCAUGUGGAUAUUUCAGGUCGAGCUCUUGUCACCAUCCCCAUCAGCCUCUACAGCAAAGCCGCAGAGAUUAUUUCCCUCAACCUGUCGAAAAACUUGGCUCUCGAUGUCCCGAAAGAUUUCAUUCAAGGCUGUAUCAAUCUCCGAGAGCUCAAGUUCAUAGGAAAUGAAGCCCCCCGUUUGCCUGCCAGUUUCGGCUUUGCGAGUCGGCUGACUUACCUUGACGUCUCGAACAACUAUUUAGAAGAGCUCGAUCAUGCCGGCCUUGAUAAAUUACAAGGUCUCGUCAGCAUAAAACUAGCGAAUAACAAGCUUACGAGCCUUCCAAGCUACUUUGGAAAAUUUGCCUAUCUGAGGAGUUUGAAUCUAUCCUCCAACAAUUUCCGAGUCUUCCCUGAGUUUCUUGGAGAUCUCAAGAGCUUAGUGGAUCUCGAUAUCAGCUUCAACAAUAUUGCCGAGCUGCCUUGCAUUGGCAAGUUGUCGACCCUUGAGCGCCUUUGGAUGACAAACAACGUAUUGAGGGGCACCCUGGACGAAUCAUUCAAAGAUCUUGUGAAUGUGAAGGAGAUCGAUGCGAGGUUCAAUGAAAUAACCAAUAUUGACAACCUAUCGUAUGUGCCACGCUUGGAGCAGUUGCACGUUGGUCACAACGCGAUUUCAAAAUUCAAAGGCUCAUUCCCGAAGCUGCGAGCAUUGCUUCUUGACCAUUGCCCUAUCACUCAGUUUGACAUUGAUGCUCCGACGCCUACUCUCACAUUGCUCAAUAUAGCUUCCGCAAAGUUGGUCCAGCUUCGGGAUACCCUGUUCGAGAACGUACCAAAUUUGACCAAACUCAUACUUGACAAGAAUCAUUUCGUGUCCAUGUCGUCCCACAUCGGCAAACUCCGUAAACUUGAGCACUUCAGCAUGAUCAAGAACCCACUCGACGCGCUUCCUGCCACAUUUGGGUGUCUAACCGAACUCAGAUACCUCAACCUUCGGGAGUGUAAUCUGAGCCGAUUGCCCCCAGAGCUUUGGAAUUGCAACAAACUAGAGACACUCAACGUGUCAUCCAAUGUAUUAGACAGCUUUCCAAAGCACGGUACUCCGAUGCCUCAGCUCCCUGGCGAACCGGUGCCUGGCACUCCAGGAACCGCUACACCGACAAAUUACGAAGACCUAGCAGCUGACGACCAAGAUGGUCGUCGUCCAAGCCAGACCUCAGGUACCGUUCUUAGCACUGGAGGCUCACCAAACGGCAGUGGAGCAUACCGAAAGCCCUCAGUCGCGUCAUCCCUAAGCCAAGGCGGCAGAAAAGUUUCCACAGCGUCGAGGUCGUUGAAUGAAGGUAGUCCAGCCUCCAGAAAGGACUCGAGUUUCUCAAAUCUCUCCAAUCAAACCUUUGGCGGAUCGCUGAGAAAUUUAUACCUGGCCGAUAAUCGGCUGGAAGAUGACGUCUUCCGCGAAUUAUCGUUACUUACGGAGCUGCGCAUUGUAAACCUCUCGUACAAUGAACUGACCGAGCUACCCCAGGGACUGCUGAAACGUUGGUCCAAUUUGACUGAGCUUUACCUUUCCGGCAAUGAGCUAACGUCACUUCCUUCGGACGACCUCGAGGAAGGUAGCCAGCUCAAGGUUCUUAACAUCAACGCAAAUCGGUUCCAAGUUCUACCAGCAGAACUGUGCAAAGUCAGCAAGCUUUCCAUUCUGGAUGUCGGGAGCAACUCGUUAAAGUACAAUGUAUCGAAUUGGCCGUAUGACUGGAAUUGGAACUGGAACCGAAACCUGAAAUAUCUCAAUUUUUCCGGUAACAAGCGCCUUGAGAUCAAACCGCAUGUUUCUUCCUUACUGGGGCCGCCGAACACUAAUGGCACAGACUUGACCGACUUCAAUUCCCUUACUUAUCUGCGCGUGCUGGGGCUGAUGGACGUUACGCUUACAACUUCCACUAUACCCGAGGAAAAUGAAGACCGCCGCGUGAGAACAUCUGCAUCACUAGCCGGCUUUCUUGCUUAUGGUAUGGCCGACUUUCUCGGCAAAAGUGACCAUCUAUCAAUCAUUGACAUGAUUGUGCCACGGUUAAAGCCAGACAACGUGGAAACGGUUGUGGGGAUGUUUGAUGGGACAAGUCAAUCCACUGGAGGUUCUAAGGUCGCCAAGUUUUUGCACGAAAAUUACCUUCGCACCUUUUCGACUGAGUUGCGUCGAUUGCGGCGAGAGUUACAGGAGACGCCGUUGGAUGCAUUGCGACGUACGUUCUUAGCGUUGAACAAGAAUAUGGCAGCGUCUUGUUUCAGAUCUACGGAUGACCACGAUGUCCGGCGAUAUAACGAUGAACCUGACACAAAGGCCACGCGGCUUUCCAGAGAUGACGCUGACUCUGGCGCAGUUGCCACUGUACUGUACCUGCAUAACAUGGAUCUAUUCGUCGCCAAUGUAGGCGAUGCACAGGCAAUUCUUGUUAAAUCUGACGGUUCGCUAAGACACUUGACCCGAACACACGACCCCGCCGAACCUCAUGAAAGAGCAAGGAUUCGAGCUGGUGGAGGUUAUGUCUCCCGCCAGGGAAAGCUUAACGAUGUUCUUUCUGUGUCGAGAACCUUUGGACAUUUUCAUCUGAUGCCCUCCGUCAUCGCGGCUCCUCAUACUAUGCAUGUCAAUUUAACCGAGCAAGAUGAAAUGAUCAUCUUAGCGUCAAGGGAACUAUGGGACUACGUAACACCAGACCUGGUUGUUGACGUGACACGGGCUGAGAGGAGAGACCUAAUGAUCGCAGCCCAAAAAUAA